CGAAAUGGACGCGCGAAUCUCUACAACUACCGAAACUCAGCCGCUCAUAAAAAAAUUCUCCAACUGUGAGGUUAAGUCUGUAGUGCAAUUUUUGUGUCGAACGGGAGAGUCAAUGGCUGAGAUUCAUAGACAGAUUGUGCAUGUUUAUGGUGCUGCCGCAAUUUGUGAACGGGAUAUCGUUAAGUGGUGUGCAGAGUUAAAAUCAGAAAGCAAACUCCGAAGUCAAUCGGCAAAGUUAAAAAACGUUGGCAUCGAAAAGACCACUCCAAGUUCGACUACAGAGAACUCUAAUCCCACACCGUCCCCUGCUUUCGGCCCUGGACAAAACUUCGUCACUUCGACGCCGAUCGUAUCAAGCACCAAAGGAGAAGUAUCAUCAACGUCUCGGCUUUCGACGUCGAACCUUCAGAAUACCGGAUGGGCGGAUCUACCAACCGUGAUCACACUUCCGGCGGACGAACGCCCUCCGUUGACACAAGUGACCCGUGCCUUGUGGCCGAUAGAGUUGACCCAGUCGCCAUUCUCCUUACCAGGAGAAAAUGCAGUCGUGGGUGGUGAUUCUUUUACUUGUGGCAAUGGUUCAAGGCGGACCUUUGGGAUCUAUACAUAUGGAAACUCAAGUGAAAAUCGAGAAACCUCAGAUAGGGAGACAACCGCUGAAGAUGAUCGAUGUUCAGAGAGUGGACAGAACUGAUGACGUGGACCUUCUUAUUAAGUGUCACAAGGAGUAUAUUCAAACUUGCUGUGAGGGAGAUCACUACAAGGUGCCAAUGUACAUCCACACCGAGAAAGGCGUCGAAAAAUGCUCUGCUUACGCUAGAUGUUGCAAGCUGUAGAUCAAGUGAAAUGCCAAACAUUCUCAUUCAAACCCUAACUGUACCAGGAAAUGAUAAUUUGAUCACAUGAAACCUCCAAUCGAUUGAGACAUUAAUGUUAUAUUUUGUUUUAGUCAGUUUUCUUAUCUAUCAAAGCUUAUUUUUUAAGCUGAAUUGUAAAUAAAAAAACUAUUCCGAAAUUAUACAUAAAUUCCGAAAGCAA